AUGGCGCCUUUUGACUACCAAUGGAACCAGAAAGUGAAUGUCGAACUCACACCAAUCAUAGAGGAAGUAACAAGACCAGACAGUCAAAUAGAUUUCCAGCAGCCUCUUGUAUUCACAGAAAUAUGGCACAACAACAACAACUUUUACGCUGUCUUCACAAAAGAAUUCGCAAAGGCUAAAAAGUGCGAGUUGUGUAAAGUGGACUUUGCUAUAGAGGAAGAUGGCAUGAAGUGCGAAAACUGCCAAGCAGACGAUUUGAAAGAAUUUAAAUUCUGUCAUCGCUGUGGUAGAAAGGUUACAGAUGUGCCAGAAGAAAAGAAAAAUCCCGAAAAGCCACAAAAUUCCGAAGAAUUCAGACAGAGGCUAUCUUCUCGACGUUGUCAAGAGGAAAGCCAAAAGACAAAGAAUAAGAAAGGCAACAAAAAAUCCAAGCCUUCUGAAUUGCUAAGAAAGGCUAUUGAGAGGUAUCAAGCAUACGACAGGAAAUUCGAACCUGAUGCAGGAUACAAUAUAGCCUAUCCAGAUGGAACACAAAUCCUGACUUUACCGGGACAGGCAACGCAGAUCUUUCAGCUUGAUAAGUAUAAAGAAGAUAUUGGAAAGCCAUACAAUCGGAUUUCCUUGUACUUGGUUAAGAGAGAAGAGCUGCUCUGGGAAGACAAAGAGGAUGACCCUGAAGAUGACCUCAUCUCACUCUCUUCCAAAGUUAGUGUAAGUGGUGACGAGAAUGAUAAGGAGUCUAUUGGUGAACCAAAUGAAGGCGUACCGUUAUCCCAAAAAGCUGUUGCUUUGAGGAAGUCGUGGACACAUGACAUGUCUUGCGAAGAGGACGGAGAUGAAUCAGAGUAUAAUCCAGACCAGGAUGAGGAGUCAAGUAGUGAUGAAAGUAGUGAUAAAUCUUCAGGUCAUGAAAUGGUGCGAGGUGAUUCAGAUGAAGAAAUUGUGGAAGAGGAAUCAGCCAAUACCAAUGUGAACAAAUCAGACCAGUCUAAAAAGAGAAAGCGUCCAAGCAAAGCGAGGAUUAAAAAAGAAUGCCCAGUACCCUACUGUCAUAAGAUUGUUCUUCAUCUGCCAAGGCAUUUGCUAAAAGUGCAUGAUUGGCCAAAACAUCAAGCUCGUGCUGCAGUAUUGCGGUUUAAUUUACGUAAGAAAUAUUCCUUUUCAACUGCAGAGAGUGCAGCUCCUGGGUAUAGGAAAGGGAAAACAAAUGCUGAUGAGCAUGGGCAAAAGAGGUGCAACAAGGAUUACCACAAAAAGAGAUGUUGUCCAAUGGUAGGGUGUUCUGCAGUGGUCAAAAGGUUACCUGCACAUUUGCAAACUGUUCAUGGUUUCAGUCCAAAGUCAUCAAAGUACAAGGCCUUGUUAAGUAAAGCUCUUCCACAACCCAAAAGGCCCUAUUCAGUUCAGAUGAUUGAAAAGAGAGCUGCUGCUAUCAAGAGAAUUGAAACUGAACCACCUAUGCCUGAUAUACCUGUACUGGAUACUGUGAGAAAUGAUGAAGAUGAAGAAAUGGACUUGGAAGAUUUUGAACAAACUGAGACUUCAACCACAUGUGAUGUGAUUUUAAUUGAAGAUGAUGUGGAUAGCAGCAAGAGUCCUGACCCUGAAGUGUUAGUCAUGCUUGCCAAUUGGUUACAAUCACCGGAUGGAGGUAAAAAAGAUGAGAAAACAGCAAAACAACAUGUGUCACAGAUAAAAAACAUUUUAUCUCUGAUUGAUGCUGAAAGAAGGGUAAUGUCGCUUUUCGAUUGCUCCCUACUGAAUGACAAAUUCGUAAAGUAUGCGGAACAGAACUACGUCCCUCAAACAAUCAAAUCGUACUUCAUGAGCCUGCGUCAUUUCUACAGCUAUGUUUUAGCAGAAAAGCCAGUAAUUGAUGCCAGAACCGAGCUGGUUACUCAGAUGAUAGAAAAGGUAAAGAGAUGGUCUUCUUCCUACAAGAGAUCUAGCCAGAAAAGAAAGUGGGAAAAGAUGGAAGAAGACAGGGUUGAACUUGUUACACCUGAAAAAAUCCAGCAGUUUGAAAGAAGUCAGACUGCCAGGGAUGCUGUCAUUUUGCUGGGAAAAUUGAGUGGAGCACACAGUAUUGAGAUCACCCAAAGUCACUAUACUCUUCUGAGGGACUUUCUUCUCGUCCAAAUUUCGAUCGACAAUGCAAACCGGGCAGGAGUGCUGUCAAACAUGACUGUGAAAGAAUUUGAACGCGGUUACAAAGAAGAUGACAGAUUCAUCAUGAAUGUUAUGAAACAUAAAACAUUUCAUGUCCACGGCCCAGCGCAAGUCAUUCUUACUAGCAAUCUGCAAAACUGGAUCAGUAUCUUUAUAAAACAAGACCAAUCCACAGCACACUCUUCAGAAAAGGUGCAGUAA